UCAGCAGAUACCAAGUCCUUAAGCGCGUAUCGCGAGUAAAAGUUCGGAUAUAUGAGAAUGAGGAGAAUGAGGUAUGCGUGACCUAUGACCGACGAAACCUGCUGUUCGGUCUACCGGGAGUUGAUUAUCAUAUUCCUCUUACCCUCCUUCAUAGCAAUUCAGAGCUGUCUUUUCUCCUCUUACAACCAAGGUGCCCCUCACAUCGUUGCUCUUCUCUGACACCUCGCCAGACAUCACCAAUUCUAUCUGGCAACCCAAAUUUCACCAUCGUCGACAUGUUUGAAAAGCACAGCUAUAAGGAUUUGUCAGGCGAGUCGUCUCUAGAGUCAGACAGACCAUUCCUAGACGAUGCCGUCUACCGCUCCAGCUUGGACGGCCGGGCCAAAGCGCGCAAAUCGCUAAUGCACUGGACCGGCCACGGAAUCAGCGCGCUCGCUAUAGUCGGCUUGUUGAUUUACACACAGGUUGCGAACCAGAAUACCCAGAGCGCUUGUUGGGAUAGAUUCAAUUUCUAUUCUCCGGUGAACGAUGCGGUAGUUCCGCAUCCUUAUACUGAAAAGAUGUUCAAUGGCUCCCUCUGGCAUCAGACACCUUGGACAGGACCACCUACUGAGGAAGUUGAGAAGGCAUGGUACGAUAUCAUGAAAUAUGGCAUGAUCAGCGUCACUAAAGAGGACAUUCUGAAGGUGAAGCACCCAGACUGGUCUGCUCAAUUCCCCGAGGAGUCUGGUGGCGGCUACAUUGCAGCCACUAUUGGCACUCACCAGCUGCACUGCCUCCACUACAUCUGGCAGGACCACUACAUGGAGUACUUCCCGAAGACACAAGACAAGAAGAAGAUGAUUCCAGAGCUGUACGAGCGACACUAUGAGCACUGUGUUGAUUACAUCCGGCAGAGUCUCAUGUGCCAGUUCGACACGGGCAUUAUCCCGUAUAAUUGGGUCCUCGAUCACCAGAAUCCGACUCCCAACGGCCUCACACACCACAAGUGUGUUGAUUGGAGUAAACUGCAGGACUGGUUGAAGGUGCGAGCCGUCGACGUCCCGGAUAACUUUACGUGGACACAGCCCGCGGACGCUGUUCGGCUUAGCUACAACCCUUGAUGUAGGAUAAUAUGCUUGUUCUGGGUGCCAAGGAACGCCUGCGAUGGGAUUUGGAGUGUCUGGGUACAUAUGUAGGUAGUGCCCGUGGUGCCCCCCACAAACUUUGCUUGAGGGGUGCCAUGGGAAUACCAUGGGGUUACUUUUGUGCAAUUGAAUUCUUCAUUUCAUCGUCUCCAACCGCCAAUACAGUCCUCUAGCAUACCAGUUGCGAUAAUAGUUCAGUUACAGGAUUAGUCACCCCAAAAAACUACUGUUUAUGGUAUACAUUGUGAUGGGGCCCCUUAGGAACUUAGCAUCAGAGCCUAGGUUAAUACAGAGAUUAGCAAGAAACCCCAGAAAA